CCAGCCAAAUCCGAACACCAACAUGUUGCGCAGUUGUGUGUGCCUGCAAAGCGGCGGCAGUGGCAAGCGCCGCAGCUCCUCCGUGGAAGACGCCUCGUCGUGUCGCUCGUCGGAAAUAGAGCGCGUCGGUGCCAGCAUGCAGACGACCACGCUGGGGUCCAAUGGCCAGCCACAAACGCUGACUCCGCCAACCAGCACGCGCGCCUCCAGUCUGUUGCAAUUGUUCCAGAGGAAAGGUUGGUGCAAGCACUUCCGCAAACCGCUUCGAGGCAUGAGUGCAACGCGGGCCGAGAAAACAAUCAGAGCAGCAAUAUUUAUACAGAAAUGGUAUCGCCGACAUCAGGCACGACAGGAAAUGCGAAAGCGUUGCAAUUGGCAAAUAUUUCAAAACGUGGAGUACGCCUGCGAGCAGGACCAGGCCGAGCUAUACAAAUUCUUCAAUGACCUUAUCAAACACAUGCCCCAGGCCAUUGAGGCUGGCAAUAAAGGUCAGACCUCGAAACAAAGCAUUGGUCCGGAAAAGAGUGCCACAUUAUAUGAGGAAACUGGCGAAAUGGCGCGUAUACAGCUCGAAUUACCCAUACAGAAAAAGCACAUAGAUCUCAUGAUUGAUGUAUUCCGCAAGAAAAGGGGCAACCGUCUGCAUCCAAAAUAUGUGUGUAUGAUAUUGCGCGAAGCUGCAAAAUGCCUUAAACAGAUGCCAAACCUGUGGAUGGUGUCGACGGCAGUCUCCCAACAGGUGACCAUAUGUGGGGAUCUGCAUGGCAAACUGGACGACCUGUUGGUGGUGCUCUACAAGAACGGACUGCCUUCCGCUAGCAAUCCUUAUGUCUUCAAUGGCGACUUUGUGGAUAGGGGCAAGCGAGGGCUGGAGGUGCUGCUGCUCCUGUUGUCCCUCUAUUUGGCAUUUCCAAAUGCUGUGUUCUUGAAUCGCGGCAACCACGAAGAUAGCGUAAUGAACGCUCGCUACGGCUUCAUUCGCGAAGUAGAGGGAAAGUAUCCCCGUAAUCACAAACGUUUGCUCUCGUUAAUUGACGAGGUUUAUCGUUGGCUUCCACUAGGAUCUAUUUUAAACAACCGCGUCUUAAUUGUGCACGGUGGUUUCUCGGAUACUACGAACCUGGACCUAAUUAAAAGCAUUGACAGAGGAAAGUAUGUAUCAAUUCUGCGGCCACCUCUAAUGGAUGGCGAGGCUCUGGAGAAGGCGGAGUGGCAACAGAUUUUUGAUAUCAUGUGGAGCGAUCCGCAGGCCUCGCAAGGCUGCAAGCCAAACGCGUUGCGAGGCGCCGGUGUUUGGUUCGGCCCAGACACAACGGAAUUAUUUUUGAAACGCCAUCGACUUAGCUACGUAAUCCGCUCGCAUGAGUGCAAGCCAAAUGGACACGAGUUUAUGCAUGACAACAAGGUCAUCACCAUAUUCUCGGCCUCGAACUACUAUGCCAUGGGCUCCAACAAAGGCGCCUAUAUGCGCCUGAAUAAUCAACUGGUGCCGCACUUUGUCCAGUACAUUUCGGCGGCCUCGCAGACCAAGGAGCUCUCCUUCAAGCAACGCAUGGGCAUUGUGGAGUGUGCGGCAUUGAAGGAACUAGCCGUGCGGAUGCGUGAACAUCGUGAUGAGCUGGAGACGGAGUUUAAGAAGUACGAUCCCGAUGAUUCUGGCUGCAUAACCAUAUCAAAAUGGUGCUUUGUAAUGGAAAAUGUGACCAAGUUGGGCCUACCCUGGCGACUGCUACGCGAUAAACUGGCCCCGGGCACGGAUAGCCAAUGUGUGAACUAUGUUCGAACAUUAGACCUCCUGGACACGGAUGUUAUUAUGGAAGCUGAGGCCGAUGGUACAUCAGUAAUGGACGCUUUAUAUGCCAAUAAAGCGAGCUUGGAAACCAUAUUCAAUAUUAUCGAUGCUGAUCAUUCAGGGGAAAUAACUCUGGAUGAAUUCGAGAAGGCAAUUGAUCUGCUCGUCGCUCAUAUGCCUGGCGUUUACUCAAAGGAUGAAAUGUUGGAAAAAUGCCGUAUGAUGGAUCUCAAUGGUGACGGUAAGGUAGAUCUAAAUGAGUUCUUGGAGGCGUUUAGACUAAGCGAUUUGAGUAGAAAAGAACAGCAAGAAGAAUAUCUACGCAAGCGUUCGACAUGUCAGCGUCCCUCAGAGUCAGUUACUCGGCUGGCAGAUACAAUAUCAAGAAAUACUCUGGUAGUUGAGCACGAUAUUGAUCCGACUGACUGUGAGUCAAAAGUGGUUGGCCAAAAGUCAUAAAUAUUACCCUAAAAUAGUACAAUUAAUGCAAUUAUUUUUCAAAAUCAUAAGCGGUCAGCCCUAACAUAAUGCCGCUAAAAUAUUAUUAAUAAUUAAGAAGUUAUAAAGAAAAUAAUAUAUCAUAUGCAGCUUAUGCCCCUUUAAGCCUUUUGUAGCUUCUCUUAAAAUCUUUCGCUAAGCUAUCAAAAAGUUCAGAACAAGCUGUGCUUAUGUUGUUUAUCUUCUGGAGUUUCUUGCACAAAUGUGAAACUUUAAUUUGAAAUUCUGAAAGUACGGGGUGUACGUGCGAAAAGAAGGGCAUAUAGAAAAAAAUUGAAGAUCGAAGUACUAUCGGCGAUUGGCUGAUGAACAGGCAACUUAUUAUGUAUCCAUUAAAAUAAUAUAUAUAUCUAGCUCUAUAAGCUCUAUGAUCUAUGCUAACUAAUAUUUCCAAUGAAAAGGAACAAAAAGGCAAGCUAAAAGAUGGCCAUUAGGCCAAAUCAUUCCCAGCCAAUUUCUUUCUAAACUGCAUUCAAUUACGUUUAGCAAUAGGAAUAAUAAUGGAAUAGCAUUAUCUGAUUACAACUUAUCAUAAAAGUGAAUGGAUUGUAGGAGUUGAUUUUAACUAAAAUAAUUUAUUUUUUGUUAAUUACCCGAAGUACAAAAGAUAAAUGAAAUCUCAGAUGAAAUCUCGAAUGUAUAAUUCAUAGAAAAAUUGUUAUUAAUAUUCACGUUUUACUACAUACAAAUAUCGAAUUGUCUUCACACAUAGUUCGAGCCAUGGGAUCAAAAGCUAACAUUUAAAUUGUUUUGAAAAGCUUACCAAUUACAAUAGUAAAUAAAUUGUAAUACAUAUAUGCCCCGUUGGGCAAUGUUAUAGAUUUGCAAGAAAUAUAUUUAUGUUAGAUGCAAAAUACAUAUAUCUUUUGAUAAGUCGAAGUCUUUCUACAUUAGUAAAUUAACACAUACCACAUCAAUUAAUGCUAAGCGAAUUUAUAUAUACAUAUAUAUUCUUGUAACAAUUAUCUGCACUUAAUGCUAUCAAAAGAAUAUUAUUGAAUUCGGAAUUUUAAAUAACCGAGAUGAGCACAUGAGUAAUAACCAAAACAAUUGUAGCUACUAUCUAUAAUCAAACAUAACGAUCUGGUCCAAGUAAAUUUAAAUGAGUUUCGUCUCACAAGCAAAUGUCAUGUUAAUAAAUU